UGUUCAGAUUGGUGACGGUGAGAAAUCUUAAAUGCUUGAAUUGCUUUGAUUUUAAAGGGGUUUGUCAACUAAUUAUACAGCGAGGUCAACUAUCAUACAGCAGAAUACCAUGGAGGAACCAAGCAGUGGAGCAUAUUUGAAAGUCUUAAAAGAUGCCAAAUCUGACAACGAAAAGUUUGCAGCAUUAUUGCUGAUUGCGAAACUGACUAAAGCCAAAGCUUUAUCAAAGGAAGAAAGGAAUGAGAUGUUUUCGACAAUUGGUUUGAAGUUCCUUAUCAGACUUCUAAAGUCUAAAACUGCUCCAGAGGGAUGUGCUGUUAGUAUGUAUCAGUCCAUAGCUCUCAGUAUUUUGUCUGGUCUGUGUACAGAUCCACACCAGAUUGCAAAAAUAGGACUGGAGAAGCACAUCGAAAUAUUGAAUGGGAUAGUGUUAAAAAAUGCAGGGGAAGAUGAGAUGGCCACAACAAUGGUUGCUGAUUGUUAUGAUAUUCUACAAAAUCUGGCCAGCACAGCAGAAGGAUGUGAUCAGCUGUUGGUUAAGUGGACACCAGUCACACUUUGCAGGGUGAUCCUUGACAACCUUUAUGGAGCUGACAGAGCAGAGGGGGUGUUAAAGUGUAUGUUGUCUGUGACUGGACCCAGGGUGUGGCUGACACACAGGCAGACUAAACUUCUUCACAGCAUGAUGGUGUACCUUGUUAAAUCAUUCCACAAUUUUCAGGAUGAAACCAAAUUUGAAAUGUGUGGCUUUCUGCAACAGAUGCUUCAAAGUAUUCCAGAUGACAUGGUUAACGAAUGUAAGAAGAGUACCUGGCUGCCUGUCUUGGUGAAAACAUUGAAAGAAAUACUUACCAGUAGAUUAGGUGAAGACCAGCGGAAUCCCACAUUGUGCUUGGUGGCUGUGAUAAUUGAUCGCCUAGGAGUGACCACUGUCCUGCCACCACUAACACCUGACUGCCAGCUCCUCCUGGUCAUCACUCACCUCAGUUGUAUUGAAAUAAGGAUGAUCUUGGAAAACUUCUCAUUUGAACAGGUUGUACAAAGGGCUGAGGUGCUGUGUAGCUGUUACCUAUUAAUGGAGAACAUCAUUUAUUAUAUGACCAUGUCCCCAUCACUAAAGCUGGAUGAAAAGCAGGUCACACAACUCCAUCAUGCCAUGGUGGGCUCUGUCAAUGCAAUUCUGUGUUUUCUCCAGGAAGUCUCUGAAAGGGAAGACUCACAUAAAUACCCAGAGCCAGUAGUGAUUGCCACAGUGAGAGUCCUGGGGGUGUGGAUGUCUGAGGAAACCUCAGCUCUAAAGGAACACACCUAUGCAUUGCUGCCAUUUCUCCUCAAAGUCUGUAAACAACAAGUACAAUCUAGAAAUACGGCAAAAGGAAGUGGAGAUAGGUGUUCCGAACAACCAGCUGGAAUAGCAGACCAACAAUUUAAUGAAAUAAGACCAGCAUACCAAUCUCAGAAACCUUCAGCAGAAAAGAACACAGCUAGUCUAGAGACUGCCCAGGAAGGGUUGUUUUCAAUGGAUGGUUCAGGGUCGAAGGUCACACAGAGGAAUAAUUCUGUUGAGGAGGUUCUUUCUGCUUCUAUAGAGCAUUGUGACAUUAAAUGUGAUAUUGAUAAAUCAGACAUUUCUACACAAUGUGAGGAGCAAGAGAAACCAGAUCAGGGAAAUAUACAAUCUGUUAAAAUUUCAGAAAAUGAAGUGCUAGAAGAUGGAAAGAGAAAAGAAAAAAACAAUAAUGUGACAGAUAAUUCAUCACACAAAUCCAAAUCAGUGACUUUUAGCAUGGAACUCUGUGGAGACUGUGGGGUCGCUGAUGAUAAUUUACUGCAUUCAGAGCCUACAGACAAAAGUAUAUGCAGUGUGGUAAAAUUUGACACUGAAAAUAACUACAAUUGCAACAAUGUUGAUUUAUUACGCUUCCUGUUACCAGCUUUCUGUCAUUUCAUGGCAGAGGAUGAGUCACGCCAGAUACUGCUUACCAACCAAACACAGACUCUUCUAGUUGAUUACUUUAAGCUCUGUCUCAGCACUGUCAUGGAGGGAGAGGACUGCAAUGAGGCAAAGGGGAGUUUGCUUGUGGUUUGUGGAGCCUUAAUGAAUCUGGUGGUGUUGGAGAAAGAUCUGAUCAGCAAGGAUGAGGACAUGCAUAUCCUAUGUCAGGCUGUGGUGGAAGCUGUACCUGUUCUCUCUAACCGAGAGGAUUAUCUGAUUCUAUGGUGUAACCUAGUCACAUUAGGAAUGUUCCUGUUACUACGACAGUACAAAACCUCGAGAGUGCUUCCGGAUCAGAAAUCAAAAUUCUUUGUCGUGGCGAUGUCGUUUGUGAAGGGUCCAUUUACUAGUAAGACUCACAAGCGUAAGGAGGUGGUUCAGAUCAGUGAUGUGUAUACACCUAUUUGGGAGGACGUUUCUGAGCUUUGGCAUCUUACUCUACAGGCUAUUAGUGAGUGUAUCCCGUUGUUUCCUGUACUGUCACAUACACUGCUAUCUGCUGGGGUUCUACCUCAUUGGAAGAAACUGUUGACUAAAACCUCUGGCAAAGGUGUUCCAGACAGUGUUCAACAGAGUGUAUUAAAACUGAUCACAGUGGCUGUGAAAACCAGCCCCAAAGUACGAGAAGUUGCAAAGACAACAGGAUACCUUGUCAUUUCACAAACUUACCAGCAGACAGAUCUACAAAGCUUACUGACCUAAACCUUGGAUUAUACCACAUAGCAGUGCCAUUACAUUUCACAUCACCAAAUGUUCA